AUGAAAAGAUCAAUUCUGAGCACAGUGAACACCUCAGAAGUUAACAGGGAAAGAGCUGUGAUGCUGCAUUGCAUCAUUGUGGGAGGAGAGAUAAGAGUUCAUGAAAUCCUUGCAAAAGAUAUUCAAAGGCUUGCUGAGAAGAAUUCGGCCGGGUCUUGGCUAUACUACCCAAGUACCAUUUGGAGGUUGUGUGCAAAGGCUAAAGUGCCAAUGGAAGAUGAGAAUCCAAUGUGGUUAAGCCAAGGCAUGCCCAUAACCAUUGAAAGAAUGACAAUGGCUCCCGAAGCACAUCAAGGCCGAAGGCCACAUGGAAGAAGGCAAAGAGAAGAACCAAUGGAAGAAGAUGAGCUACACAUAGAAGAAAAGCCACAAGAGAAGGAGGAACAGCCGCAUUUUUUCCCACAUGGCAAUAUGGAUAUGACUCAAAUGCAAGAAGCAAUUGGAAGAUUAUCACAACAGUACAUGAGAAUUCAAGAAAGGCAAGAGGAGUACCAUUCACAAUACAUGAAACAUCAACAAGAGCAAGAAGAAUGGCAGCGGAAAAUGAUGAACCAACAAAGUGAGUUUGAGUCAAAAUUCCUUGUGAUGCAAGAAGAGCAUGCCUUUCAAUCUCACGAAGCAUUUGGGAAGUUGGCACAAAUGCAAGCCGAAACUAUGAGGGCUCUCAAUGAGUUUACAACCCUCCAAGAUGCAAGAUAUGAAGUCCAAGCCGAUUACAACAUUAAUAGUCAAAUCAAACUGAACUAUAUUGGAGAACAUCUGCACAACAUGGAUCCGGCAUUCCCAAUUUUUGAUGAGUUCUUCAAAAAGAAAAGUGAGGUAGAAGUAAACAAAGCUAUGAGCCUUGAAGAUAGAGUAGAGGAGGCGAUGAAUAAAGCUGGGUUCUGGCGGGGUCAACAGACAACAAACAUGGACACAGGGAACACCAGCAACCAAGUAUAUGAAAGAAGAAAGAAAAAGCAUGACAAAUGA